AUAUUAUCUAUAUAUUAUUCAUCAAAUUAUUCACAAAAAGAAUAAAUUCACAAGUAAUUUGUUGCCGAACAAUAAUCAUUAAAGAGCGGAAGAAGAAAUAAGUGGGAAAAUCAUUUUGUUCGAUCAUUUUCACUUUUCGCAAAGGCAACGUCCAAGAGUAAAUCGUUCCAUAUGGUUCAUAUUAUUGAAUUGGUCGGCCAGCCGAAGGUUGAGUUUGCUCAACAAGUUACUGUAAGUUGCCAUCAUCCAUUAAUACCACCAGCCAUCAAAUUAAUGAACCGUACUUUACAGCUGAAGCCAGCUGAAAAUGAAAGUCGCAGCGAGCAUUUAGAUCGCAAGCUGUUCGUUGGCAUGCUCAGCAAACAACAAACCGAAGAUGAUGUUAGACAAAUAUUUCAACCAUUUGGCACUAUAGAGGAGUGCACCAUAUUGCGUGGCCCGGACGGUGCUAGCAAAGGCUGUGCUUUCGUUAAAUUUGGUUCGCAACAGGAGGCUCAAUCAGCAAUAACCAAUUUACACGGAAGUCAAACUAUGCCGGGUGCAUCCUCCAGUCUGGUUGUCAAAUACGCCGAUACGGAGAAGGAGCGACAAAUAAGGCGCAUGCAACAAAUGGCCGGUCAUAUGAACCUAUUGAAUCCAUUUGUCUUUAAUCAAUUCAGUCCGUACGGCGCCUACGCUCAGCAACAACAACAAGCCGCUCUAAUGGCCGCCGCUGCCACAGCGCCCGGUUCGGCUGCUGCCUACAUGAAUCCAAUGGCUGCACUGGCAACGCAAAUACCUCAUGGCCUUAAUGGCACCGGCCAGCCACCAUCGCUGCCAUCCCCAACUAUGCCCAAUUUCAAUAUGGGCGCCAAUACACCCAACGGCCAGCCAGGUGGAGCAGCUGCUGCUGCCGCUGCGGCCGCUGCAGCAGCGGAUGGUGUAUUCACGAAUGGCAUUCCACAAACGGCAUUCCCAGGACAUCCGCUGCAUUUAACCAUACCACCACAAGGAUUGGCAAAUGGCGAUGCUGCUGCCCUGCAACAUGCCUUCCCUGGCUUGCCACCAUUCCCAGGAGUUGCCUUUCCCGCCGUCUAUGGACAGUUUCCACAAGCUUUACCACCCCCCCUAGCGGCGGUUGCACCCACUCAGCGUGAAGAUUUUCUGAUGUUCCCAGGAUGUUCGAUAUCCGGCCCAGAGGGCUGCAAUCUGUUCAUCUAUCAUUUGCCACAGGAAUUUGGUGACGCUGAAUUAAUGCAAAUGUUCCUGCCAUUUGGCAAUGUGAUCAGUUCAAAGGUCUUCAUCGAUCGUGCUACAAAUCAGAGCAAAUGUUUCGGUUUUGUUUCAUUUGAUAAUCCCGCCAGCGCUCAAGCGGCCAUUCAGGCCAUGAAUGGCUUCCAGAUUGGCAUGAAAAGACUGAAAGUUCAAUUGAAGCGGCCAAAGGAUGCCAGUCGACCCUAUUAACAAUCGGAGUUCCUUAAACGUAAUUCACAACAACAACAACAACAGCAACAGCAACAACAACAACAACAACAACAGC